AUGGCCAAGACUAAAACCGGGAAGGUAGUUAAGGAAUUCAAGUUUACAAGGAGACCUAUUUUUAAUAUACAUCACCAAGCAGACCCAUUGUUUGCAGCUAAGUGUCAUCCUAGCGAGCCGGUUUUUGUUACUGGUACAGCUACUGGCCACGUUCAAGCUUAUCGAUAUGACAUUGACAAACUAGAAGAAAUCUACGAAGAUCAGGAUAAAUUUCCGUAUGAUGUAAGCUGUGUUAAAUACGAUGAUUUUGAUGAUGGUUCUAUAACAUGUCAAUGGCACACCAAGAGACACAAAUCUUCUUGUCGUGAUCUAUGCUUUGAUUUACCAUCAGGCGGGGAGAAGGUACAUACGAUAGGUUCAGAGGGUGUUAUCAAAACUGCAGAUGUUAAGACGGGACAAGUAAUCAAUAAAUUCAUAAGUAGCAAGAACAAUACUUUUGAGGAUGAUGGCUUUGAGAUUGGAACUUACACCAAAUGUGUGAGUACUCCUCGUAAGGAGUUCUUAUUAGUUGGUGAUGAGCUAGGCAAUUUGAUGUGUCACGACACAAGAAGUAAGCACCUGAACCUUUGCUACAAACCGUUUAAGAAGUUACAUUUAGGAGAAGGUAUUAACUCUAUAAACUACUGUUGGCCCAAGAGUGACUAUAAAAUAAUUACCACAGGUAGCACCACUGUUUGUGAGAUAGAUUUAAGGAAACCUGGCGAACCUUUACAUACGAGUGAAGAUCAAGAGGACGAAGUAUUGUGUGCUGCGUGGCUUGAUCAGGAGAAACAGGAAACUAUGAUUUGUGGGAUGGGUGAUGUUGUUACUACCUGGAAACCAGCAAUGAAUGCGUGGAAUGAUCAAAUCAGUAGAAUAAGAAUAGCCAAAGGUGAAACUGUUGAAAGUUUGAUCAGUGCUAUGGAUGCUGAUUCGAGGUAUAUGUAUGCAGGAUCUUCCAAUGGACACAUUGCGAAGGUUGACAUUAUAGGUGGUAAAGUUGUGGAACGGUUUUUACAGCAUGACCCAGAAGAGGACGACAAAGUUGAUGAAGUAUUAGGGUUAGAUCUAGACCUUAACUACAGAUUAAUCAGUUUUGGAACCGAUGGAUUUAAAAUAUGGGAAGAGGAAAAAGGUGAUUUAGAAAUUGACAGUGAGAUUGACAGUGACAAUGGCGAGGAAGACAAAAACAGAGAUCCUGAUGACGAUGGAAUCUACACAGACGAUUUGGGUAGCGAUAGUUCUGACGAAGAGGAGAUAGAAGAGAAGGUAACUUUAGGUGACGAAAUUGGCGAAGAAGUUCAUGAUAUGGAAGAGACUGAAGUUGAUGACAGUGGGUUGACCAAUACAGAAGAAACAGUGCCAAGGAAAAGGUCACUAGCUGAAUCAUUGAAAAAUAGAAUAGAGUUGGCUAGUUCUUGCAUUGAUGAUGCUUUGCAUGAGAAGGAGGAGACGGGUUUGGAAGAAGAUGUUGGUGUUGAAGUUUCCGACAGUGACGAUGAUACUGACAUUGGUUCUACAAAUGGCAAGGUUGUUGAACUACAAGAAAUCAGAGAUGAACUGAUUGCGAGGAUCGAGAAUCCGGUGUUGGAUGAACCAAAGAACGCAAGAGAAAGAAAGAGACAGAAGAAACUCAACAAGAAGGAAAAACAAAAAGGUCAGCACCAUCACAACCAUGGAAUCCGCAAGUUUGAAGGCUUGUAA